GUUACGUUUUGAAAGAUGUGUCUCACCAUUACUCUAAAGUAUAUGACGUGUGGUCACAAAGAAUUAUACGUUCGUCCAUGCGGACCUGAUAGCAUUCGUUGCAAUAUGAUGUCAACCCAUACCUGCAAUAUAAGAUCCAAAGUGUGCCGCACUUGUUGGAUGCUCGAUGACUUUAGACAAGCUCCUGGUUAUUGUCCUGAGCAGUCAAUGAUGGAGAACGACGUAUCACUUUACCAGGCUUGGAAUUUGGAAGCUGAAACACAAGAAUUAAAUGCUCAGCUCCCAACCAUACCCCUCCCCAACCUUCCUAAUCAAUAUGCUCACUUCUACUCGACAAAUACAGUGGCUUUUGAUUUACUUAAUCAGAAUGCUUUAGAAGUACUCUUUGAGAUUGUUUAUCAACACUUAGAUCCAGCUUUCCAGGCGCGUAUCAUUAACGGUGAGAAUAUUUCACUUGCUGACAGAAUACAGACCCUAAAUAUCCGUCAAGUCUUAUUGUUAAAUUAUGCUCUGGCAGAUGCUUCUCAAUCUCUUCACAGCGAUGACUGGCGUAUUGCGAUGGGUUACAGGGCCAUCAUAGACUUCCACAAUUCGGAACAUUUUACUCUGCUUGAAGACCUACAAGCACUCGUGGACGAGUGCGGUAUUUGCAGAACUUCUUUUGCUCACCCUGAUGAAGGAGAAACGAAUCAUGCUGUAGUAAAGACAAGCUGCAAUCAUAUAUUUCAUGAGAGUUGCUUGGAGCGAUGGUUUGUAUCAUCCGAUCGUGGCGACUGUCCCAUGUGCAGAAGAAUGAUUCGAGGCGCAGAACUCCCAGAAAUUCCCGCCCUCCUGGAAGCAGAUGGACCCUUCCCAGAAUGGCUGGCGAUUCUAAAUAGGUGUAUCCGCCCAGUUAUUCCUCGUCCCGCAGCUGUCACCCGUCUAGACAUCCUACGACUAGAACUCGAGGUUUUGGAAGUUCUCGAACUUGUCGAAACCGCCAGAGAAGAAUUCACCGCCGCCGAAAGAAGUGUACGCGCGGCAUCCGACGCCUUGCAGACCCACGAAUUCGUUCCUCGGGAAGAGCUCCGUGCAUUCCAAGAUCAAUUGUUGGACCAUGCUGCGGAUAUCGAGGAGCAAGCAUUUCGACAUUAUCAGUAUACACUUCGUCAACAUCAAAGAACACGUCUCAUACGCGAGAAUCUUCUUCGUGAUUGUUUGCGUAUGAGAGAACGGUGCGAUCAUGUAUAUGGUCUUGCUCAGUCGAGAUACUAUACUGUUGCGAGAGCGUUGAGGAUGGCGCGGGAUGUUGUAGCAGCGCAAAAUGUGGAGGAAGUUGAAGAGGCUCGGGGAGAAGAGGGGAUCUGAUGAUUCUGAUGCAGGUGAGCGUGCGAUAGAACGGAGAAUGAUGGAUAACUUGUCGAUUAAGUAGACUUUGUGUACCAUCGCCAUAUUUCAUUGUUUGCGCUCUACACAACGGCUGGUUCUGUCUUCGUUCGUGUCUUCUCUUUUACUAAUAACUUUCACAUUUAUUUACAAUAAAAUAUAAAAUACAAAAAAUAUAUAUAUCAAUACCAACA